AUCCUGAAUUUCUUGUAAUCCCCAACUUGAAAUGCUUCCAUGUAACGUUCAGAAAUGGCGGGGAAACGAGCAUGCAUGCCCUCGCACUCGCAGUUGCUUGCACAUCGUCCAUCUCAGUAGAGUGCAGCGAUGGGGUGAUGGGCAUGGCCAAAUCCACUUUCCAAAGGUGCAGCGAUGCAGUCGGUUUCUUGCACACUCCACUCGCCCCACGCGAAACGCCGGUUCGUGCUCUGCUAGUCUGAUUGGCCUACUGCAACACACAACCGCACCACCAUUCCACUGCGCUGCACUGCACAGCUCAACCGUCACAUGAGACGAGACCUCGCCGUCCUCACCUCGCCUCACUUUUCCCCGCUCGUCGUGUUCUCCUCUCUUGUCAGCCUCUCCUCUCUCCCGUCCCCUCACUCAGUCACACAAACUCAUGCAUCUCGCCACCAUUGCAUUGCCUACUAGCUACUGCUUCAAAAGGCCUCCGAAGUCGAUCAGUUCCUGCCGGGCGCCGGUCUCGUACAUACACAAAGCCAGACAACAGUGUCCCUCCAGAGUCCAGAGUAGCCUAGCUAGGCUCCUUCCCUCACCUGUUCAACCACCUUGCUGCAUUCCCCCAUGGGAGGCGCCAUGAGGCAGCUGCUUAGCUUUCUGAGAGCGAUCAAUGGCCGCCCCAGGGAGAAGAAGAGGAAGACGACGACGACGACGCUGCGGCGGCGCCGCCUGGUGCAGACGGUGGUGGAGCUGAGGGUCAGGAUGGACUGCGAGCGCUGCGAGCGCGAGGUCAAGAAAGCGCUCUCCGGCAUCAGAGGAGUGCAGCAUGUGGAGGUGAACAGGCUACAGCAGAAGGUGACGGUGACUGGCGAGGUGGACCCGGCCGCGGUGCUGCGGAGGGCCCAGUCCACGGGGAAGAAGGCGGAGCCGUGGCCCGGGCCGGGGCCCCAGAGCACUGCCGGCUACUACGGCCCGUCAGCCGCAGCCCUCUACGGCUUCGGGGCGGCCCAGCUUCAGGCCCACGACGGGAGGUGGGCCAACCCGGCUGGCUACUACUACCCGUACUACCCGGCCCCGGUGAUGGAGGCGGCCAUCGGCGCCGAGCAGAUCACCAGCCUGUUCAGCGACGACAACCCCAACGCCUGCUCCGUCAUGUGACGCCUGCGUGUGUUUUUCAACUUCAAUUGUCAAGCUCAGGCUCGUGGUUUAGCAGAUACUAGCAAGCAGGAGUAGCUGUAGUGUGGCAGUAACGACUACUAUAUGGUGGCAUAGCAGCGUCACUGUAAAUCUCGUCAGGUUUUUAUGUGCUUAAUUAAAUUAGGGAAGGAUGCAGCAGAGUUUAGGA